AGGAGAGCUCACACUUAGCAACACUAACACAGAGCUAGACUUCUAAUAGACAGCAAGACACCAAAACAGGUAUGGCCUGAGUACUCACAAGCUAUAUUAGUUAAUGUAUUUUAAUAUUAUAGAGUAAAACUGACAUAUAUAUGCAUACAGAAAUGUAAUUAUGGAGCAGUUUAUUUAAUCUAUAUCAUUAGCUAAAGGAUAUAUAGUGAUAUAAAUGAACUAGCAUAAACAUUACAAUGUCUAUAUAUUAAAACAGCUGAAAGGACUUCAUUUCUCCAAAUAUUUGCUAGGGGAAACCCAUUUGACUAUUUGCAAAAGGAAAGUUCAUUUAUAUCAGGUGUAUUUGCACCUUUUCCAUUUGGCUGUUGUUGGAUUAGAUAUUAAAUGCACUUCAAUUGGUGAAAAAAUAGCAAGUGCUACCACACCUGUGUACAAAUUCCCCUCUUACCCAAGAUCAAAUUUCAAAAGAGUGAAAACAUUAAUAACCCCAAAACAGUUGAGUGAAGUGCCAAAGUAAGAUUUUAGUGAAUAUUAUACAUAACAGAAAAUAUUAAAAUAAAUAAAAUAUAUACAAUAGUAACUGUAAAUAAAAAACUAAAAUGGUUAUACUCACAUGUACAGGAGCCUUUAGGAACAGGCUCCUCUCGCCCUUUGUGCCUUUGGGUAGCACACCACCACUCUCCACAGAACCCUCCAGAAAUGGAAUAUACAAUGAUAGUGUGGUAUAUAUUGCAGUCUAGUGAAUAUCAACAGAAAGUUGAAAACUGCUUAUCUGGUAUUCAGCCUUAAUUAAACCGGCUCUGAUUUAAAACAGAACAGUGCCUAAUUAGAAGGGGUGGGUGGAGGGAGGAGGGAUUCAUGCAGAAAAUAAAGUUUCAGGUCUUAAAAUGUGGAUAAAAUUUGUAGAAAUUAUAAAAGCACUUACUGUGAUAAAAUAAAUAAAUAAAAAACUAGCCAUAAAAAAUCCUUUCGAACUCCUCCAGAACGUGUUACAUCUGCAACAGGCUUUAUCGACUUCAAUACUGCACUCUUCUGUGUCUAAUCUUUUCAAUCUGCUGCACUUCCUCAUUUAAUGCGCUCACAUGACCCCUUACGGCCCUAAGUGCUAUCUGAUUGAAGCAUAUUUUUUGGCUUGCUAUGAGUGAAAAUACCAACUAAACAGAAAGUAAAGAUGACAAAUCCAUCUUCAGUUCACUUCCUCAGCUUCCCCUACCAGUUAGAACUUUCUGAAUUUUAUUUCCUUAAUAGCAGUUAUAGAAAUAUCAUCUCCAGAUCUCACCCUCCAGUACUUUCUUAUCAGAUUUAGAUUGAAAGAGCGAGAAAUUGAGUAUUAAAAAAGGAGAUAAUUAAUUGUGAUCCUAUACUGAUGUGAGUUCAGUUAUGGUAGCGUAAUAACAUUUUUCAGAAUCAAGGUGGAAUUCCAUGAAAGAAGCACUAUUAAUUUGUGACCUACACUAAAUACAGAGGGCAAAAUUAACUCAAAGACAAAAUAAGAGUAAAAAGAAUGGUGUAUACAAACAGAUUUGCCAACUGUGGUGCCAGGCGAUCCGUUACACCAACCAACUAUUAAACUUUUAACCUGCUGUAGAAUAGGCAAGUGAAAGUCCAAAAAUGUCAAUGAAGGGCCAAAAUCCCAACCUUGGGCAGUGUAACAGAACUGUCUGUAUAUGGAUUACAAUUAUUUUCCCUCCAUUCGUAUUUGUAUCUAAAAUACACAUUUUUAAAGCUAAGACUUUGGAUUUAAACAUGUUUUCUAAUUAUAGGCUGUUAGGUUUGCUGUAAUAUAGAAUUCUAUGAUUAUGUUUUCAUAUAUUUUGCAAUGUUCCAUUUUUUAUAUAUAUAUUUAUAUUGUUGUGGAUGGAAAAACCCUCGCCCCGUUACCCUUUUUAAUUCUGUAUCCUUUACAUUUUUUCUUGUUUACAAAUUUGAAAAAGUUUAAUAAAAAUGAUUUGAAAAGAAACAAGAAACUAACGUUUAAGGCCGAUAGGAUAAGACCGAUAGAACAAAGCUGAUUAGUUUGUUAGAAUAAAAAAACAAAUGUGAACAUAGGGGCUCAAUGUAUAUAUAUAUAUAGUUAAUACAAUGUUAAACAAAAAUCUACACACCAGUCAAGCCAUAAGACUUGCUUUUCCCACAGAAAUUACAAAUCUACAGUGAUGUCAACACCACAGAUUUUAUUUUUUUAUUAUUUUUAUUUUAUUAUUUUAUUAUUUAUAUAGCGCCAUCACAUUCCGUAGCGCUGUACAUUGGGUGGACUAACAGACAUGUAAUUGUAACCAGACAAUUGGACGUACAGGAACAGAGAGGUGGUGGGCCCUGCUCAAUGAGCUUACAUGCUAGAGGGAGUGGGGUAGAGUGACACAAAGGGUAAAAGUAGGGGUAUGAAGUAGGUUGUUAGAAAAGUAUUAAUUGAGGGCUUAGUAGGUCAUUUUUGACAGUUGCAGGAGAGGAGUCAUGGAGGGUGGAGGAUAAAAACCUGCUAUCAGUUUAAUUGAUAUGCUUUCUUGAAGAAGUGAGUGUUCAUUGAUUUUUUGAAUAAGUGGAGAUUGGGUGAAAGUCUUAGGGAGAAGGGAAGGGAGUUCCACAGAAGAGGUGCAGUCCUGGAGAAAUCUUGGAGGCGAGCAUUAGAGGUGGGCGUACGGACAGAGUAUAUACGUAGGUCUUUGGCAGAGUGUAGGGGCCUCAACGGGACAUACUUGUAUAUUAGAGAAGAUAGGUAGGUUGGAGCAGUAUUAUGUAGGGAUUUUUAAGCAAGUACCAGAAUUUUAAAUUGAGCCCUAUCUAUAUCUAACUGGAAGCAAAUGCAGGAACUGACAGAGCAGGGAGGCGUGGGAGGUGCGAGCGGACAGGAAAAUGAGCCUUGCCGCCGCAUUCAUUAUAGAUUGCAGCGGUGCAAUCUGGGAACACGUAAGACCAGUGAGAAGGGGAUUGCAGUAGUCAAGGCGAGAGAGAACAACAGCAUGGACCUUAGCCGCAUCCAGCAUUACCUUUUUUAAUAAAUGGGGAGCUACUGAUUGGCUUAGAGCAAUCAGCUGACCGCUCUAGCCAAUCAGAGGUGCCCCUGCCCAGUGGCACUCCAUGCUUCCUGUAACUGAGAUUCAGUAGCCGGAUGCCACCUUGGGGACCUGUAGAUCCGUGCUGGAGGAAACAUUUGGAGUUAAACCGUUCAAGAACGGUUUAAGCCCUAAAGGUAAGAAAACACCCGGGGGUCUCCUGGCACUUUAACAACUUAAUUUAGUUGAAGUUGUUAUAGUGACCGGAGAGUCCCUUUAAUACUCCUGUUGUAACAGUAAUGCAAUUCCUUUUUCUCACUGUGCCUAGAGAAAUGCCAUCUGCACCUCACUAACCGUAUAAUAUUGAUUUGGUUUGCUGGGCAUCUUGUACAGAGGAGAUGUGCCUUAUAUUUUGCACAUGGAAUUUUUGGAUGGUGCCAAUGGAAUGUGUUCUUAGAAAUAGUUUCCAUUGUAAUCGGUGAAGUGAGCUAAAACCCGUUUGAGAUGCUUAUAUUAAGCUUAUGUCUGUUCUUGGUAAGUGCAAUUCAUAUGAAUGUUUCUUCUACAUAUUAAAUCACAAUCCUCACAUAAUACAAAUUUGCCUUUGUAAUAUAUUAUCUAUCCAGAGCUAUUAAUGAAACUAUAUCUUUUAUUAGCAAAAUGUCCAAGAAGCCAUGGGGCACAAUCUCAGCUAGCCCAUUUCCCUUGGGCCAUCAGUUUAUCAGUAACAGCGAGAUCGCUAACGUAGUAGAAAGACUACAUUCAAGCAAACAAUGCACACGUUGUGGCCAUACAACUCCAAGACAUCAAUUAAAAAGCUGUAAGAUUCUCAGCCAGAAACAACUCAAUCGACUUCUGGAGCGGCUCACACUGAACUAUGAGAAGAAAGUACCAGACAGCAAUCGAACUCAUCAAGGAAAAAUAAGAGAUAUGGAAUUGGUAAAUUCCUAUGCGUGGAAGGGUUGGAACUAACAUUAUAUUAUAAUUAGAUAACUCAUCCACAGAUUGUUCAAUAUGCAAGUGUGAACCUCGUUAAAUAAAG